GCUCGAUUCGUUUGUAGCGCGCGGAAGCUGGCUUGUGCUCUUUACAAGCUUCGCGCUUCUCCCCGCCUUUACUUUUCGAAUUUCUCAGUCCGAGAUGAGGAAGAGGCUCUCAUGCCGGUGGAUGGUUGCGCUCUUGGCGGGAGUCUGGUUUCAUGGGGGCUCCGGGCCCAGCCUUUGCGGAGGCACCGCAAACAGGUGUCUGCAGAUGGAUGCCCUGAGCGUAGCCGGUGAUCACCGGAGCUUCGCGCAUCGAGUUUCUCGCAGAGUUCGAGAGCGAAGGCGACAAGCUCCGGAGCACACUUCAGAUGGUGAGGCCAGACGAUUAACGUCUGAAAUAACGAAGGCUGGCUCCACUUCGGAGUUGCUCUCACUUCUGGAGAAACCUGCGGAGAAUGCCAACCUCUUCAACCACUUCCACAUGUCUGCGUCGUUGACGAGGCUGGCCAGGUUCAAGAGGAGGGGCCCAUUUCGACAGGCCGAUGUGAGCAGCCCAGUGUGGGCCAAGCUCGCAGCCCGACUGCUUGGUAUGCUCCGAAAGGACUCGCUACCAACACGUGAGGCAGUAAAUGUGCUUCAUGCAGCAGACGAGCUUUCUGAGGAGAUGGCGAAACACGUGUCACAGGCGCUUCCAAAGCUGUACGAAGCCAUUCGAGCAAAGGCUUCCGGAAUGAACGCUCAGCAUUUGUCCAACUCCCUGUUGGUGCUGGAUGCCGUGCCAGCUCUUGCAAAGCGAGUACCGGACAAGGUGGAAGACAUGAUUCCUCAAGCGUUGUCCAACAGCCUGUGGGCGGCUGCGAAGCUUCAAGAUGCAUCGCCAGAG